AUGACGAGCCAAGUGCCAGCGUCUAUCCUUGCCCGGGGAGACGCGGAGGAUGACGGCGGCCGCACACAGGCGGCGCACUUCGUGUUCGUCCCGCUGAGAGAGCAGGGUCACCUCAUCCCGGCCGUCGACACCGCCCUGCUGCUCGCCACCCACGGCGCGCUCUGCACCAUCGUGGCGCCGCCGUCCACGGCUGUGCUGGUGCGACGGACCGUCGAGUCCACCCAGCGGACCGGGCUGCCGGUCCGGCUCGUCGAGUUCCCGCUCGACUACGCCGAGUCCGGCCUGCCGGAAGGGGCAGACGACGGGGACAGAGUUCCACAUAGAUACAUGUGGAACUACUACCGCGCCAUGGCGCUCCUCCGCGUGCCGAUCGAGAGCUACCUCCGCGCUCACGCGCCGUACCCGACGUGCAUCGUGUCGGACUUCGUCCACCCAUGGACCACGGAGCUCGCCGCCAACCUCGGCGUCCCGCGGCUGAGCUUCUUCAGCAUGUGCGCCUUCGGCCUCCUGUGCCAGCACAACCUCGAGAGGUUCCACGCGUACGACGGCGUCAAGGACUCCAACGAGCCGGUCGUCGUGCCGGGGCUGGAGAGAAGGUUCGUGGUGACGAGGGCGCAGGCCCCGGGCUUCUUCCGGGGGAUCCCAAUCCCGUGGUGGGAGGAGUUCGCGGACUACGUCGAGCGCGCGCGGGCCGAGGCCGACGGAGUCAUCGUGAACACCUUCCUGGAGCUAGAGCCAGAGUACGUCGCCGGCUACGCGGCGGCCCGGGAGAUGAAGGUCUGGACCGUUGGGCCGGUCUCAACGUACCACCACAGCCGCACGACACUGGCGUCAACGCUGGCGUCGAGAGGGUUGAGGGCCUCCGCCGUCGACCCCGACGAGUGCCUCCGGUGGCUCGACGGCAAGGAGCCCAGGUCCGUCGUGUACGUCUCCUUCGGGAGCAUCGCGCAGGCGGAUCCGAAGCAGGUCGUGGAGCUGGGCCUCGGGCUGGAAGCGUCGGGGCACCCGUUCGUCUGGGCGGUGAAGGACACGGCCGACGAGUACGACGAGACGGUGCGCGAGUUCCUGCGCGAGCUAGAGGCGCGCGUCGGGGCGGGGCGCUGCCUGCUCAUCAGAGGGUGGGCGCCGCAGCUGCUGAUCCUGUCCCACGACGCGGUGGGCGCGUUCGUGACGCACUGCGGGUGGAACUCCACGCUGGAGGCCAUCGCCGCGGGGCUGCCGAUGGUGACGUGGCCGCACUUCAUCUCCGACCAGUUCCUGAACGAGAAGAUGGUCGUGGAGGUGCUGGGCACCGGCGUCAGCGUCGGGGUGAAGGAGCCGCUGACGUUCCAGGCCGUGAAGAAGGAGAUCCUGGUGGGGCGGGACGUGGUGGAGGAGUCCGUGCGCAGCGUGAUGGGCGACGGCGAGGAGGCCGAGGAGAGGAGGCGGCGGGCGCGCGCGCUGGCGGCCAAGGCGGCGUCGGCCGCGCUGGUGGGCGGGUCGUCGCACGCCAACCUGCAGGAUCUCGUCAAUCGUUUCGCACCGGGGCCGGGCACAGUACGUGGCGCCGCCGCGUGA